CAAUACCAGACUUUCUUUCACUGGACGUGCGGUCUUGAACACACUCCUGCUGUGUGAACGGAGCAGAAAUACGAGCUCUGGGUGGACGCUUUCGCAAUCCGUCCCUUCCCUCUUUUGCUUUUUUUUUAACACUACUACGCUGGUGUGUCAACGUGCCCACUGAUAAUAACUAUGUGAGCAGGAAGGCUUGUACAUGUUAAACAGUUAUUCUCUGUCCGUCAGCAUGGAUAACUCGCCCACCAGCGGGGCCCUGACUCGCCGGAGGAGAGCGACCCUGACAGCGGGGCGGGCCGGCACUGUGCAGCCGGCCAGCGGCGCCUCUGCGCCGGCCAGUGCGAGCCUGCUGGCCGCCGACCUGAGCAGGGAGCCCGGAGCAGCGGCGGUGCGGGACCGACGGGAGCGGCCCGCGGCGAGGAGCGAGAGAAGGAAACACGGGAAUGAAAUCAGCGAUUUGGGAUGUCACAAGAAACAGGAGUCCCUUCUGAGUUCAGGCAGUGGUUACAAGAACUAUAGAGGAGUACUCAACUGGUGCGUGGUGAUGCUGGUGCUGAGUAAUUCUCGUCUCUUCUUGGAAAACUUAUUAAGGUAUGGCAUUCUUGUGGACCCCAUCCAGGUGAUUUCCUUGUUUCUGAAAGAUCCCUACAGCUGGCCAGCAGCAUGCCUGGUGAUUGUGUCCAACGUGUUCAUCCUGGUGGCCCUGCACACCGAGAGACAUCUGUCGAAGGGUUCAGUCAGUGAACUCGUGGGAUUUCUGGUCCACUGCAUUAACAUGGCAAUCAUGCUAACCUUCCCAGCUGCAGUGGUGCUUUUGGUUCCCUCCAUGACCCCAGCUGGUGGUGUGUUCGUACUCGGUAUUUACACCAUUCUUUCCCUUAAGCUGUACUCCUACAAGGAUGUCAACUUGUGGUGCAGGGAGCUGAGCACUGCCAAGGCCAAGAAACUGUCCAGAUCACUGUCUUGUCCAUCAGCACAGUACUUCAAAGGAGACAACAGCAAAGUGUGUUAUCCUGGCAACCUCACCAUGAGAGAUAUGUACUACUUUGCGUUUGCCCCAACUCUUUGCUACGAGCUGAAUUUCCCUCGUUCUGCUGAAAUACGCAUGAGCUUCUUGCUGAGGAGACUAGUUGAGAUGCUGUUUUUUAUCCAGCUGUUAGUUGGACUCACCCAACAGUGGAUGAUUCCCAUCAUUCAAAGCUCCAUGAAACCACUAGAAGACAUGGAUUUGUCCAGGAUGACUGAGCGACUCUUAAGAUUAGCUGUUCCCAAUCACUUGCUGUGGCUGAUGUUUUUCUACUCGUUCUUCCACUCGUCUUUGAACUUCACAGCCGAGCUCCUGCGCUUCGGAGACAGACAGUUCUACAAGGACUGGUGGAAUUCCGAGACGGUGACAUAUUUCUGGCAGAACUGGAACAUCCCUGUACACAAGUGGUGUCUACGUCACUUUUACAAGCCGAUGCUGAGGAGAGGAGUCAGUAAAAUAGUCAGCCAAUCAGCCGUCUUCUUCUUGUCAGCUUUCUUUCAUGAGUACUUGGUGAGUGUUCCUCUGAGGAUGUUCAGGCUUUGGGCUUUCGCAGGCAUGAUGGCACAGCUUCCAUUAGCCUGGUUUGUUGGACGUUUUCUGCGUGGUAACUACGGCAACGCUGCAGUGUGGCUCUCCAUCAUCAUCGGUCAGCCGUUCGCUGUCCUGAUGUACGUCCACGACUACUACGUGAUGAACUACAGUCACAAGGCUGACUAACACGCACACGCACGCACGCACACAAAACCGACAGCUUGGAUUGUGUUUGUCUGAUUUAAUCACAUUCUUCCGUUUUUAAACAUGUCACAAUGAGAUGAUCACAUCAGCUGUGGUACAGUUAUAUCUUGUUUACAUUGCAAAGUUGCAUUAAUGUGUCUCCCUGAUGGAGAAGGUACUGUAAGAAUACUUUCCAGAUGAACUAACCACACUACUGUAAUUUAAGGGAAAUAAUCAAUCCAGUGUUAUACUCAGGUAUACCCAGAAUCCCUGUUGGUCAGUCUUGGCUGAUAUUAUCAGUUGGAUCAUAUCUUAUAUUUGGGACUAAAAGAAAAUCAGUUUUAUUCCUGCCUUGCCUUGCUGUAGAUGAUUUAUUCUUCCUAGGUAGCUGAAUUUGAUCAAGUUCUUGAACAACGUGAUUCGCGUCACAAAUUAUGCAAUGUAUUUAUGAUUCUAUAUGUUCUUUGUAACUAAAGUGUCCGUAGUCUGCCAGGCAUAAAUGUGAGGUGGAGCGAGAAGACAUGUAUGCACGUAGGAUUUUGUUGAUUAUUGUCCAAAUUUUGCUUUUAUUGUGAAAAGUUUAUCAAUUUUAAAAACGGCAGCAUUACUGUAAGUUUAAGUGUAUGUUUUUCUUUUGUUUGGAUUUUUAAUCACCUAAAGUGCCAUUGCAAUAAUAGAUACAUGUUAAUUGUUAUCGGAUCAUGUAUA